UCCGCUCCCUAGAACCCCAAUAGGUUGGGUCAGUACUUCCGGUGGCCAGGUUCCGCUGAGUUACGAAAGUCUCUAUUGCCGGUUUCCUUGCUACCUGAGGAACUUUUCCGUAUUUCCGGUUCCCCACUGGGCGCCGCCAUCUUCGGAAUCGGCUUCUUCCUGCUGCUUCUGUCCCCGCCGCCAUGUCUAAGGCCCUGGAGCAGGGCAAGGAGACCGCGCCUCCCCCCAAGCCUCUGUCCGAGAGCUGCUGGGGCUGCCGCAUCCUGUCCGGCUCGGUGCUGAUCGGGGCCGGAGUCUGGGUCUAUCUAGGCUCGCGCAGGGUCAUAAGCCGGGGCAUCGCCUCCUCCGUAGGGAACAUCGUCCAGCUCGUCUUCGCAGCCAGUGAGUGCGCGUGCGGGGUCAGGGGCGGGCAGAGCGUGCCCUAUCUCCAUGGGAACCGUCCUACACGUCAAUCUCCUCUGCUGCGGCGUAAUCAUCCUAGCUGAUCCAUUUGGGAAACUGAAGAAGUAGCACAAACAAGGCAGGACAAGGUGUAGCUGCUGCCUCCACCAGCGCUGGCCAAGUCAAACAAUGUGUAUUUGGGACAAUAACAUGAAUCCAAGAGAAAACUGUUUGCUUUUUCUUACUAUAGUAGCCUCACAGUGGUACCUGGGAGAGAAGAGACCCACCCUAACUCCCCCAUUACUACAAUCCCCAUCUUCUUCUCCACUAAGCUACAGCUGCCUGCAACCCUUCCCUCUCUGCUUGCCUUAUGCCAUGGCAGCUCCCCAGACUGCCCCUCUGGUGUAAUCCCCCAGACUAGCUCCUGCUGAUGGGAUGAGCUAUGACAGUAUUUCUCCCCUGUCUUAACUCACUCUGUUCAUUCCAGCAUCCAGUUCUAAUUUAACCUCCUGCUGCUUUGAAACCCCCCCCCCCCCCUUGGCUCCAGCUAGGCUCUGCUCAACAAGAACUGGCUCCAUGGGGCCUGGACUCUCAGAACUGGGGGGGGAGGAAUUGCAUUUCAAUCUAUCCUAGGAAGUAGUGACUCGGAAAGACAGGGAUAAUCAGCUGACUAGGAGCUCCUAGUGUAGUGCUUUAGCCAAAAGGGAUAAUGUGAUCCUUGGCUGUAUGAACAGGGGAAUCAGGGCCGGCACAACCCAUUAGGCGACCUAGGCAGUCGCCUAGGGUGCUACAAUUUGGGGGGUGGCGACCGCAGCGGUAUUUCAGUGGUGGGCAGCAUUGCGGGGCGGCACCUUCCACCGCCUAGGGCGGCAGAAAAGCUGGCGGCGCUCCUGAGGAGAAUCUCAUGUCAGAAAAGAGGCUUUAUUCCCUCUGCAGCUGGCACUGGUGCAGCCACUGCUGGAAUACUGUGUCCAGUUCUGGUGUCCACAAUUCAAGAAGCAUGUGAAUAAGCUGGAGCGGGUUUGGAGAAGAACCACACGAAUGAUUAAAGGAUUAGAAAGCC